AAAUUGAAUAAACCGUAUGAAAAGAGGUUGAAGUGAAGGAAGAUUUUGACAAAGUGUCAGCAGCUCAACCCACAUUCAUCAACACGUGUUACCCAAACUCCUCUUCCUUUUUGCCCUAUAAAAUCCCUCGUUCCCCUACACCGCACCGAAUUUUUUGGCUAAUUUCGAGGUUUGUUGUAGCUUCCGGACUCAGGGUAUCAAUCUCGGCCUUCGGUUUUCGGAGAAUGGUUGCGGGGAGCUCACCUGACUGGUUACCUCCGGGCUUCACACAGAAGGUCAAAUACAAAAAUGGCAGGAAAAUCAAGGUGAUUUGAUUAGUACUACUAUAACAAUGCAACAGCUUCAAAGCAUUAUUCCAAGAAGGAUGUUUUAUGCAGUGUGACAGCUGACGGUGAUCUCCAUAGUGCACCCCAAACGUUAGAAGGGGGCGACGACGAUGGUCUCUCCACCAAUGAAAGGAAUGAUGCUGUCUCAAGGAAAACAAACAAUGCUCCUGAAUGGUUGCCUGAGGGAUGGAUAAUGGAGGAAAAGAUCAGAAAGGGUGGCUCACUGAAAGGAAAGCCUUAUAAGGUGUAUACGGACUUGUCAUCUGGCACUAAAUUUUAUUCCAAACCAGAGGUCCUUCGAUACUUGAACUCUGUAGAUCAUUCUGCAAACACAACUUCACAAAAUAAAGUUGAGAAUGUGGUUGAACCUCCACAAUGUGUGUCCCAGGCAGACACUGGCUCCACUUCAAAGCACAAAAGGAAGAGCUGCUCGUUCAAGAUGGUUGCCACUGAGAUCGCAGCAGAUGAAGAUCUGCCUUCAGGAUGGAUAAAAAAAAUCAGGACGAGUCAAUCCGGAGGCAGAGUUAGAAAGGAUCCGUUUUACAUAGAUCCAGCCAGUGGUUAUGGGUUUCGCUCAAAGAAAGAUGCCUUGCGAUAUCUGAAAACAAAUGAUAUUGCAAGCUGUGCUUGCAGACCACUGAAAAUGGAUUUAGAUCUCAAGGCAACUACGAAUGAAAUUCAUUCUUCAAAUCCAGCUACCGACAAGUUAUCCAAUCAGAAGAAAGACCAUAUACGCCGUGAAGAAUCUAAGCCUAAUGAUGGUGCAGAAGCAGAUACCAAGAUCCUGAAAAAGACACAAGAUAGCCUUGUUUUGGAUCACGUGAAAGUUACUUCCGACGGAAUUGACUCCUUCAGAGAGAACAUUUUCAUUGAAAAUUCAAUUAAAAAUGCUAAAAUGGAAAAUGAUUGCCGACCAAUCAUUGAAGCUGCCAAAGAAGACCUGAGAAUAACGGAUGUGAUUGAUUCCUCGCUAGCUGAGCAGCAGCCAUCAGAGAACCGGGUGGAUAGUCGAGCUGAUAGAACACGGCAGGGAUCAAGAAAAUCCAAGAAAGGAGAGGCUUCAAGCCUACCAUUACGAGCUUCUAAAAGGCUUGCUAAAUCUGAACCAGAAGUUCUGCCUUCCCCAUGUUUGAGCGAGCGUUCCCUCCGAGCCGCUGCUCGGAAAUCUUCUGGGAGUAUUAAAGUAGAUCCAUCUCCUGAGGAAUCAACCAGCAUCCCUCUUCCACCCGAUACCGAGCUGGCAAAAAAGGAAAAAGUGGACGCCGAAUCGCCACCUGUAAGAACAGAAACUCUCGAACCUAUGGAAAAGCCUUCCUCAGCUAUCCCAGAUGAUCCAAUCAAUGGAAACAUUACUGAGAAGCAGCCGGACAGUGGAAAACUAUUAUCGCAAGAGCCACUCUUUCUCUACGACUUCGGGGAGUCGUGGUCGGAUCCAUUAGAAUUUGCCUUCAAGACUCUCCGGGGUGAAAUAUCAAUAGAGGAUCUGAAUUUGACGGCGUGCUUCACUAAGUCCAUCAGCCCCCCCAGCAAUCAACCAGAAGCCCCUGUCAAUCUCCAAAAUGUAUUCCACCCUGUCCCCAGACCGUACAACCAGGCAGAAGGAACCCUAAAACCUUCUCAAUCCAAUGCAGCCAUGAACUUCCCGAUCGAUUUCCUCCCCCAAGCUGAAUCUUUCAAGCAACAAAACAGCCAGUUUCCCAGCAGUCCACACCCGCCAUCUGCUGGACAAAGCAACACUGGCUUCGCGACGUGCAGUGGCUUCAACAGUCAAUCUAACAUGAAGGCUGCAAACCCCACAGACUUCAACCGGUAGCACAACACUGAACAUAAGGUUAGUUUUCUUCUUCAGGAGAAUUCGGGUAGUUUUGUGAAUGGGAAAUUGGUGUGUUUUGGGUAUGUGUUUGGCAUGAAGUAACUAACAUCUUUUUUUCCUUGCUGCCUUACUUUGAUGAUGAUGAUGAAUGAUGGAGGGUUAUGUAGGCUGUGUUGGUGAUGGGAGAUAGGUGAUAGGGAGGACCUCAAAUCUAAAAUUUUCGAUAUAUAUAUAUAGAUAUAAAUAUAUAUGUGUGUAGAUACAGAUAGAUGGAAUCUGUGAAUCCAAUCCAAAAUUUUGGUGCGAGAACAAUGUAAUGCAAUGUGUAGGUGGUGGUGGUGGUGUCUUGAAAUGGCUGGAAAUUGCAGAGAA